AUGCGUGAAUUCCUCCUCCUACCGAAAUCACUUCUUUACACUGUUCACUGUGCAAUACUAUGUACUCCACCAAUCCAAACUCUCCAAAUAGUGCCGUCAUUCUUAAAUGUGGUCACGAUUUGUGUCAAAAUUGCUUUGUCACCGAAAGAGCUCCCGGAAAAUUCAAAUUUAUUCACUCGACUUCAUCUCUUUUCGAACAAAGAAAAGUUCACUGUGUGGUGCAAGAGUUGUCGAAAUGAUACUAUGGGUAAUUCGGGUGAGCCAAUGGCACAAUUAGCCACAGAAGUGAUCGAUUAUCUCGUGAGAUCUCGAAAAAUGAUUAGAAACUCAAUUCAUCCACUUCAUUUUGAGGAACUUUGCCCUCAGAUCGAACGCAACCCAAUGGAUCCUUUCUCAAAAUAUUGUUCAAUUUCCUGUGUCGAGAGGGUUAAAGGCCAAAAAGUGGCUCAAAUGGUCGCCAUCAAUUCACCGAAAGCUCCCAAGUUUAUCAAAAGAGCUGCCAAACGACAA